AUGUCGAAUCCAUUUCCCAAGCCGGGCGGGUCGUCGGUCUCUUCGCGCUUCGUCUCGGCGACGGAGCUCUCCUCUUCCUCGUCGUCGUCGUCGUCGUCGAAACCGGAUCAGGAGUAUGAUCCGCGCAGCCUGUACGAGCGGAUCAAGGCGCAAAAGGACGCCAAGACGGAAAAGUACGACGAGAUGUUUAAGCUCUCGAACCAGUUCCGCGGGCUCGACGAGGGCGAGACUGUCUUUCUGGCCGAAGUCGAGCGGCAGCAGCGCGAUCAGGAGCGGGCGCGGCGCGAGGCAGAGGCGAGGGAACUCGAGGCCUUUCGACGCGCCCGUGCCGCCUCGCCCCCCGCUGCGCUGCCGUCCCCGGCUGUCCUGGGUGGUCCCCGCGCCGCUGGUGGCCGAGAAAGUGAUGCCAAGUCGAUGAGUCCCUCCGCGUCCACCACCGCUACCGCCACAACGACGACGACGACAACGACGGCGGCGGCAUCCUCGCCGGGCGCCGCAUCGACGACGGCCAACAAGAAGCGGAAAAAGGCCGGCGGCAUGCUCCUCGGCGUCGUGCGCAAAAAGCCCGCCGCCCCGUCCUCGUCCACAUCGACCCCACCCGCCGCCGCCGCCGCGGCCGCCGGUGCAUCCCCGACAAAGACACAGACGGCCUCGCCUUCACCAAGCACGGCGACAGCGGCAGAGGACGCGGCUGCUGCAUCAUCCGACCAAGGCUCGUCGGAAGCCCUCACGGAGACGACGGACGCAGCUGCCGAGGCCACAAAUGACGGCCAGCGGCGGCAGGACAGGAGCAGCGGCGGCGACGACGACGACGCCGGUCCAGCAGGCGACGACGCACCACCAACGCCGGCAAAGAGGAUCAAGUCAUAA